ACGUCAUUCUGACAGUAUGAGGCAGUCGUAGUAUCGUGUCUCAAUAGUAAUCGUGUAUCUCCAGCAGCAGUAAUGAAUAUUAUUGUUGAUUGAAAUGUGAUCGCGCAAAGCGUUUCGCAAUUCAAAAUCAAACAGCAACGACUUGUGUAAUACACUUUACAAUUUACUUCAACAGCCCCGCGAUGAAACUUUACGAAUCUUGCAGCCUGUGCAAUUAUUAUUGAUGUGAUCGUAAAUUUCCUUAUAUUUCGAGAUCACUGGUGUUGCUGCUGUCAAGGAUAUCUUUUUUACACGGGAUCGGGUCACCGCGGAAUCGCAAAUGCGAUGGAAGACUAUAAAUUCCUCUUCAAAGUUGUUUUAGUUGGUAAUGCAGGGGUGGGAAAAACAUGCUUAGUAAGACGAUUUACUCAGGGGCUCUUUCCCCCCGGUCAAGGUGCAACGAUCGGGGUUGAUUUUAUGAUCAAAACCGUCGAGGUAGAAAACGAGAAAGUUAAGCUACAAAUUUGGGACACUGCUGGACAAGAAAGAUUCCGAUCGAUCACCCAAAGCUACUACAGAUCUGCGCAUGCUUUAAUUCUAGUUUAUGAUAUUUCUUGUCAGCCAACUUUCGAUUGUCUUCCCGAUUGGCUACGAGAAAUCGAAGAAUACGCCAGCAACAAAGUACUGAGGAUACUAGUUGGUAACAAAAUCGAUCGUGAAGAUAGAGAAAUACCAACACACGUCGGAGAAGACUUUGCGCAGAGACACAGCAUGUAUUUUUUGGAAACAUCUGCAAAGGAGGCUGAAAAUGUGGAAAGACUGUUCAUGGAAAUUGCUGCCGAGCUCAUGGAGCAAGCACGGAGCAAGGAAUUACCGAGGUACGAAACAAACGCCACGUCAAUUAAUGGUAAAACAACUUCAAUCGGCGACAGCAGUAACUGCAGUUGUAGCCGACUUACUUAAUCUUGUGGGAUCGAAUUGUUUUCAACAACUUAUUCCCCUAUUACCGAAUCAACCAAUCAAUGGCAACUGAUAUCCCUUGACGUACCAGAAGUAGCUUGAUGAGAAGUGUCGCAAUGUUAAUAACCAUUCUCAAUCCACUCGAUAGCAUUUCAAGCCUGUUGAUUUUACACAUAUAUUAAAUCUAUACAUACCUAUAAUAUAUAUACCUGUUUUUAAAAUUUUUUAUCGCGUCAUUUGAAGAAACUAAAGAAAAUUAAACAAUCAAAUUGUGAAGUCCAUCAAAGCUUGUGUAGAUAGUGUCUUGGAAGUACGUUUUAUCCUUUUAUUGAAUAAUUCCAACUUUUGCGUUCCUUUUUCUUGCUUGUAUGUACUUAUAUUUUGUUACAUACCCACGUCAAAUGAAUGAAGUGUCCGUAUGAAAAAAGUGGCACGCCGCAGUUUUUGAUUGUUCAAAUGCAGGUUGGGCAUUGGAAUUGUAAAUACAAACUUGUGAGAGUCAAACUCUGUUAAAUUUGAUAAACAGUUGAUUAAUUAUUUAAGUUUCCAUUGAGAUUUUAAUAUCUAGUUAUUGAUUUAUCGUUAAUUUUUAUCGUUAAGGCUAAUUACUCAUUGUACAAUUAUAUCAUAAUUACAUGUUGCAAAUAUUAUCUUCCUUGUUAAGCUCUCAGGUUACUCAAUUUUCGUGCAUCACAGUCUAGUCUGCAUGUUGACUUUGUAUAAUUUGAACAGUAUUGAAUAUAGCUCAGUGUUUCAUUUACGUCCCUAUUUUUUUUCAUCCACAUUUAUAAUGUAACUAAUUCGGAAUUCCUAUCAUUUCUAUCGUUCAAUAUUUCUGGUAAUUUGCCUAAUCAUACCAUGGUUUUGUUUGGUUUGAUUUACUCCGCGAACAGAGAUUAGUUAAAAAUAACUUACAGUUUGUCAAAGCUGAGGAAAGAAGCUGACUGGAUAUUCCAAGUAAAUACAAGUAGUCAAUUAAUAUUAAGUAAUUUUUUAACAUAAUACAAUAAGAUAUCAACUUUCGAUCACACUGCAGUAGUCCCAGAUCAUCUGAACAGCUAUUGCAAGCUUCCGAAAGACUAUGAUAAUAGAGAACAAGGAAUUAAAGAUGGUGCGGCCAGGCUAAGAAUCAUGGCAUGUCUCAUACUAUAAUAUAAUAACUAUAAACAGCUUCAAUGGAAACAGAAGAUAGAAAAAAAAAAUGCUUCGUUUCGUGACGAUUUGGUCCUUUAACAUUGUGUAUUUCAAUUACUGAAACAUUUCUGUCACACCAAAUUAGCGCGUUGAACAUAAUUUAUUGUAAACGUAGUGAAACGAAAAAACCAAUAAACUGACAAAAAAAAAGGUAUAGCUUUGGGCCAUGCUAAUGAAAACAUAUCAGUUCACUUGUCAUUUAUCUCUACAUAAGUAUGGUGUAAUUCUUACUAAAAUGAUAGUGUGAUAAAUGGCAAUAAAUGAAAGAAGACUUCCAAAUUAAACACAUGAAUAAAAUAGAACUUCAGGUUACCAGGAAUUUCUCUAAUAGCUGUAACAUAAAAUCUCUGCUAUGUCGUAAAAUGAUGUAUUACGAAGAACUUCUCAGCAAGAAAUUUGAAGUUCUUUUGUGAAAUGAACAUAGUAUAUACUAUAGUUAAUUAUCAUAUAUCACCGACUGAACAGUGAUAGAAUUUAUUUACUAAGGCUCUGUACUUAAUUCGCUUAAAACAUAAAAAUGAUUGAUUUAUUGAUGAGAAAAUUAAAAAUUGCCACAAAUUACUGA